AAUCUUUGAUUGAUAUUAUAUGAUAAUUUUAGGUUGCAUAUAAAUAUUUUAUUCAAAGGACUAUUUUCCAUAAUAUUAAAAGAAGAUUACUAAAAAGCUGAAUCAAAAUGAAAGACAUAGGAGUGAAAAUGUUUGCGAGAGUUACUUUUUAUCCGACGUUAUUAUAUAAUAUUUUGAUGGAAAAAAUAACGUCUAGAAAUUGGUAUGAUAGAAUUGAUGAAACUGUAAUUUUGGGUGCACUGCCUUUUCGAACUAUGACAAAAAAGUUAGUUGAAAAAGAAAAUGUGAAAGCAGUAGUUUCUAUGAAUGAAGAUUACGAGUUAGCCUUAUUAUCUAAUUCAGAAAAGGACUGGAAGAAGUACAAUGUGGAAUUUCUACAAUUAUCAACAACAGAUAUUUUUGAUGCACCUUGCCAAAAAAAGUUAAAAAUGGGUGUAGAUUUUAUAAAUAAAUUUCAUUGUACAAAUAGAACAUUAAAAAAUGACAAUCACAGUAAUGAUGCCAAAGAAAUGGAAACAGUUUAUGUUCAUUGCAAAGCAGGCAGAACACGUAGUGCAACACUUGUUGGAUGUUAUUUAAUGAUGAAAAAUGGUUGGAUUCCUGAAGAAGCAGUGGAUUAUAUGAAAAGUAAAAGACAACAUAUAUUACUUCAUAGAGUCCAAUGGCAUGCAUUAAGACUUUUUUAUGAAACACAUAUACAAAAUCAUAGACAAUAAACAUUAAAAUUUAAUUAUGUAUAAUAUACAAAAAAAUAAUUUAAUAAAAAAUAAUAUUCAAAAUGUAAAUACAA